AUGUCUUCUCCACCGAGUCCUGCAAAAAGACCCAGUAACUUUACUUCUUGCUCAGCUCUACUCCCAUCAACUGAGAGCAGAAGUCACUUUGGUUUUCCUUCCACUUCCAAAGGAUGCAGCUCUGGAUUCAAGGGAGCUGGUUACUUUAGUAGCCAAAGUCUGAGUGGUUCCAGUUCUCACGGUCCUAAGAUCACAGGGAAUAGCUGCCGUCCUGCAAUAUAUGGAUACGGGCAUCGAGGAAUUGGUGCAGGAUAUGGCUACUCUGGUGCUGGAUGUGGUUACAGUUUAUAUAGCCCCUAUGGGUUAAAUCAAGCUGGAGUUGGUACAUCUGGUACUCCUGCUAUUACACCAGUAAUUUGUAACAUGACUCUAUUGCAACCACUCAACCUAGAGAUCAACUCAGCAGCUCAAGCAGUGAAAUGCCAAGAGAAGAACCAACUUCAGUGCCUGAACAGCAAGUUUGCCUGUUUCAUUGACAAGGUGAGAUUCCUGGAACAGCACAACUUGAUGCUGAAGACUAAAUGGGAUUUCUUGAAAGAAAAAAAGCGCCAGAAAAGCAACAUGGACCCCAUGUUUCAUGAAUAUGUCGGUAGACUAAGAAAGGAACUGGAGCGCCUACAAUGGGAGAGGAAUCAGCUGCAGGUGGAAAUGAACAACUGGAGAGAUACAAUGGAAGGGAACAAGAAGAAAUAUGAAGAAGAAUACAACAGGAGGGCCAGUGCUGAAAAUGAAUAUGUUACACUUAAAAAGGAGGUGGAUUACAUUUUCAUGGAGAAAUCAGAAAAAGAAGCCAAGGUGGAGACACUGAUGCAAGACAUUUUAUUUUAUAAAUCUACCUUUGAGGAGGAAAUCUGUGAAAUGCAGUCCAGCAUUUCAGACACUUGUGUCACCGUGAAAAUGGACAACAGUCGAGACUUAGAUGUGGCCUGCAUCAUUGAAGAGUUCCGUUGUCGGUAUGAAGACAUUGCGUCCCGAAGUCGAGCAGAAGCUGAGGCUUGGUGUCAGUGCCAGUAUCAGGAAUUGAAAACAACAGCUGCCAAACACUGUGAUAAUCUCCGCAAUUUCAAAGAUGAACUUGAAGAACUGACCAGGACAGUUAACAGAUUGCAAGCAGAAAUCUCCAAUGUUAAAACUCAGCGCUGCAAAUUGGAAGAGGAGGUGGCUGGUGCAGAGGAGCGUGGAGAGAUGGCUGUGAAGGAUGCCAAAUGCAAGCUGUUUGAUCUGGAGGAUGCCCUGCACAAGGCCAAGCAAGACAUGGCUUGCCAGUUACGAGAAUAUCAGGAAUUAAUGCAUCUCAAGUUGGCCCUAGAUAUUGAGAUUGCAACGUACAGGAAACUGUUAGAAGGAGAAGAAUGCAGGAUCAGUGAUGGAGAAUGUGCAGUGAAUAUCUCUGUGCAAAGGAGCCAAGGGGCCGUCGUGUGCAACAGUGACCUCAUCAGUGGGUCAAAGAGAGGUGGAAGCAUGCUGAUGAACGGAAGAGACACUUGCACCCCUGCAGGAUUCAAGCAAAGCCUAUCACCAUGUGGUGCCCCUUGUGCAGCUCAAAGUCCCUCAGGUGGAGACAUGUGUAACCCUCCACCACCACCGCAGCCACAUGGAAUCAAAAGUGGGAAGGGUCCCAAUGUGAUAGUUGGAGCUGCACCUGCUCCUUGUGCCUCAAGAGGAUAA